GGCCUAGGCAAAAAAAAAAGCAAUGCUAUCCUCUCUGGACGUGCUAGUCUUUGUCCCCAAGCGAAGUCCACCAUGAAUUAGAAAACCACUGUCUAUCUAUACUCUAUAUAUAUAUAUAUAUAUAUAUAGCAAGAAAUUCAUACUUAUUAUUCAUCCAGUAAUUAAUAGGCUUAUACUUCUCUCCGAUUGGGGCAACAAUUUCCUCUCAAAGACCAUUCUUGAUCCAUAACCAAAGAAUGCAAACAAUGAUCCAGAAAAUUACACUUUUUUUAGCUUUUGUUCUCCUCCACAACCAUGUAGUCUUUGCUUCUGACCCUGAUCCAGUCCUAGACUACUGCGUAGCCAUCAAAGAAUCUGCAACUAGUAACCCCUCAUGCAAGAACUCAUCAGCUGUCACAGUUGAAGAUUUCAUAUUCUCAGGCAUAAAGACUCCUGGAAACUAUCGGAAAACUGGCUUCGCAUCUGUGGCAGUAAAUUCAAAUGUCUUUCCGGGAUUAAACACGCUUGGUAUGUCAUUUGUAAGGGCAGACUUUGAUGUUGAUGGAAUCAAUGUGCCACAUUUCCAUCCUAGAGCAACUGAGACUGCUUUUGUGCUGGAGGGAAGGAUUUAUUCUGGAUUCAUCGAUACUAGCAACCGGAUUUUUGCCAAAGUGAUCGAGAAAGGCGAGGUCAUGGUGUUUCCUAGAGGUGUAGUACACUUUCAAAUGAAUGUUGGAGAUAAACCAGCGACCAUUUUAGGGAGUUUCGACAGCCAAAACCCAGGAUUGCAGAGGCUCCCAACUGCAAUUUUUGGUUCUGGAAUUAAGGAAGAGCUUUUGGAGAAGGUUUUCGGAUUGAGUUCUAAGGAUAUUGCCAAGUUGAGGAAGAGGUUUGCUCCCCACUGAUUGAGCUGUGCACUCAAGUCAAACUUGUUUAAAAUACUUCAAAAGUGCAGCAUAUGUUACGAGCUAAGUUAUGUCUGCAAAAAAUAAUGUAAUAACAGCAUCUAUAUAAUAUUUAUGACUUAUAAUUUUGGUGAUUA